CAUAAGUGUAGCAAAAAUGGAGGGAAAAUUGAUUGUGUUAGUCGCUGUGUUUUGUGUUGUGUAUUGUGUGCCUAUAGAUGAUUCCAGGAAUGGAAUAAGCGAUGAAACAUAUCACAGGAUUGAGAGAAGAUUCAUUAACCCAUCUCUAUCUAUAGGAGCUGGAUUUGCAGAUAAAAGCUUGAGUAGAAUUAGAACUAGGCGAAGUGAGGAAGAAUGUGAAAAACUGCAGCUAUGCAAGCUACAUGCGCGUGCGCAGCGAAACUUCUUAGCUGCGUUCCAACUGUACUUCGUCAACAAAGAAAACGCCAGGCUUUGGGACCAUCAACCACACUCGAUAUCGGAAUGCUAUAACAGAUACAGCUGCUAUAGAUAA